AAUUUUUUUAUAUAAACCGACUUUUAGAUUUUUCCCAAGGAUAGGAUUGACCUUUCCUACUUAUAAUCAAGCCCGAAAUUAACUAUUUCCCGAAAUUACACGACGCCCGAGGAAAUGAAAUACAUUUAAAGUACAAAAUAGUCCCCCCAAAUUUUCCACCCCACGCCAGCCAAACCCUACGCUCACGCCCCCAACAAACGCGCCGUUUUUCCCUCGUCGUCCUCAUCAUCAUCCCCUUUCUCUCUCCAUCUCCACCCUCUGCGUUUUUCUCUCUUUAUUUUUCAUUUUUCUCGUCGAACCGUUUUUGUUUCUAUUUUACUUCUCUAUCCUUUUUAAAUUUUAAGUUAUUAUUUAUGUUUUCUACUAUUAGCCGUCCGAUCUGAAGCAGAUCCAGAUCUGAGACGAAGAUUUGAGAACACGCACCCCACGCGCCGAGAUCUGAUCUCAGGGGAAUGACCAUGGUGGUGAACGGGAGGCCCACGAAGAGACUGGUCAAGCGGCGUGUCACCGCCGAUCUCAGAGAUUUCCUCACCUUCCCCACCGUCGGGGACCAGGACUCGUCCUCCGUCGCCCCAAACCCGUUUAGGACGGCGGUACGGGCCUUCCUGACUAAGCACGCGCUCCUCCCUCCCCCAUCGUCGCUCUUCCCUCACCUGCUCACCUGGCAGAUCCUCUUCCGUGUCGGCGAUCUCGCCGGAGGCGACGGCGGACCCGCCGUCGUCUGCCUCGACGUCGUGGAGGAGGAUGUUGAAAGAUCCAGAUCCGUUUAUUGCGACCAGUGUCGCGUCGUGGGAUGGAGCAGCAAUCCAGUGAGUGCAAAGCGGUACCAUUUCAUAAUCAAGGCCGAUGGGAAUUCAAUCGGUGGCUACAACAAAACAUGUGCUGGUUGUGGCGAAUCCCUUCAUAUGUCCGACUCCAGGUGCAAGUCAUGCAACCAUGUCAUGACCACUGAAGACGUCGAUGACUGGAUGUAUCAGCAGCUCGAGAACACAACCCAUCUUCUUCACGGCGUGAUUCACGCCAAUGGCUACGGCCAUCUUCUUAGAGUCAACGGGAGAGAAGGUGGGUCCUGCUUGCUCUCGGGCCGCCACAUAAUGAACUUCUGGGAUCGUCUUUGCCAAAUGCUUGGGGUCAGGAAAGUGAGCGUGAUGGACGUGUCAAAGAAGAACGGGCUCGAUUUCAGGCUGCUUCAUGCAGUCAUCAAGGGCCACCCGUGGUAUGGUGAGUGGGGCUAUCAAUUUGGUGCCGGAAGCUUUUCUUUGACACUCGACGACUACAGAACAGCUGUUGCCAGCCUGUCUUCACUUCCCCUGUCAGCAUUCCAAUCUCAGGGGAGGAAGCCCCGAACAUGCCUUCAGGACAUGAUCUUGUUUUACCAGUCCAUGUCUGAGCGUGAGCUCGUGAGCGUUCGGGACCUCUUCACUUUCCUGAUGAGUUUGAUUCGUGAUGUUCUCCAAUUAACCCACCUAAAGCUAGACGAGUCUUCUCCGUGCAAGAAGCAGAGGACAUGCGAAUCGAGGGCCUUGUGUUCGUGGACGGUGGAUGAUGUGAGACGAGUGGAGGAUGCGAUGUUAAAGGUGUUGCGUGCUGUGAGUGGGUCCAACUGGGUUGGGUGGCGUGCUCUCAGAGGUGCAGUUUGCAAGUCGGGUAGUCCCGAGCUUCUGGAUUACUGCCUUAAGGAACUGAAAGGGAAAGAGGCGGCUCCAGGCUUGGUUGUGGUUGCCCGUUGCAUCUCUGACUCCGGCGCCAUGGAGUUUAGGCUUGAGCCAGGAAGUGCAUCCACUCCACAGGAGAUCAACACCCCUCUGAACAACUCUCACGACAACAACACAAACCAUCGAUCUGAAGAACGUCUCCUUCGUGACCUCAAAUAUCUACACGAGUGCAUGCUCAACCCAUCAACAAUGGCCCCACACAUCCCCCCAUCAAAGCGAAACGCUGCAGUCAGCUCUGCCACCAAAAUCCUCGACUGCAAGCAGUUCGUUAAAGAUUACCACCUCACAAACCAUCUCUUCUCCACCUUAAACCCCAAGCAGAAAAACUCUAUCCACCUCUUAUGUGAAAUUGACCUCACCGAACAACAGCAGCACGAGGUAAUAUGCAAUCUCAAAAAUCCCCCUCUCGAGAUUCUCGUUCUCUCACCCAAAGCCACAAUUGCCGACCUCAAGAAUGAAGCCAUGAAAGCCUUUCAGGAUGUUUACCUGAUGUUCAGAAGGUUCCAGGCAGAUGAGUUGGUCGGGUAUGGGGCCGUGGACGAGUCGACUCAGGUGAAGCUGUUAUUGGGCUCGACUGAGUGUGUAAAGAUACGGGGAAGGUUUAUAGGGAAGAACAGUGUGAGUAGGUUUAGGAUGGAGAGAGGAAUUGAGAGGUGGAUUGUGGAUUGCUUGUGUGGGGCUAAGGAUGAUGAUGGGGAGCGAAUGCUGGCUUGUGAUGUUUGUAGCAUAUGGCAGCACACGAGGUGUGCUGGCAUUUUGGAUUCGGAUUGUGCGCCAGCUAAGUUUUUCUGCUACAGGUGUAGUAGGAAUGUGGGCCAGACGGGAAAUGCCAGCUGGCAGUGCCGGAAUGAGGUGGUGGAUAGUGGUGGUGGUGGUGAUAAUGGGGCUGAGCUGGGUAUGAUGUGCCUGACUAACACUAACACUGGGGUUUUGUAAUUUAUAAAUGUGUUGGUUUUUCUCUUUUAUCGUUGGGCUUUUUUAGGCUUGGUCUGUUUUUUCUUUUUCUUGGCCGUUUUUCCCUUGACCACGAUUAAGGUUUGGUGUGGUAUGUGUAAAUAUGAAACAGGGCCUUGGAAAUGAUUUCCAGUGGAUGUGUUGGGGUUAGUUAAGCCCGGAGUGGCAUUUUUCCCUGCGGGGCGGUAUCUUGGUUGGCAAGGGUUUUGUGUAAAUUAUCUCUGAUUUUUUGGUUUUUUUGCUUGCACUUUAUAAUGCAUGGGUUCUUAUAAUUCUUAUAAUGAUGUGUUAUUGAAGGGCGCUGUAAAAAUUCAAAAUGUGGAAACUAUGUUGGAGGUUCGGUUUAUGUGGG